GGUGAAUGGAGAGGUCGCGGGGGGCGGGGGCGGGGGACGUCUGGUGAGGAAAAAGGCGUGUUGGGGGUCCGCGCCGGGGGAAUGGGGCGAGGGCCCGAGGGUUAAUCCAGAAUGGCUACUGUGAUCUUUGUGGAUAAGGAAAAUGGACAACCAGGCACCCGGGCCAGUUCUAAGGACCGGCUGAAGCUGGGGUCCCGGCCUUCAGUCAAAGCUUUAGAUGGCAGAACUCAGGUUUCAACACCACAUGUUGGUAAAAUGUUUGAUGCUCCUCCGGCCUUACGUAAGGCUCCCAGAAAGGCUUUGGGAACUGUCAACAGAGCUACAGAAAAGUCAGUAAAGACUGAUGGACCUCUCAAGCAGAAACAGACAAACUUCUCUGCUAAAAAGGUGACCGAGAAGACUGUUAAAGCAAAAAGCUCUGUUCCUGAUUCGGAUGGCACCUAUCCAGAAAUAGAAAAAUUUUUUCCCUACAAUCCUCUAGAUUUUGAGAGUUUUGACCUGCCUGAAGAACAUCAGAUUGCACAGCUCCCCUUGAAUGGAGUGCCCCUCAUGAUCCUCGACGAGGAGAGGAAACUUGAAAAGCUGUUACACCUCGGCCCCCCUUCACCUCUGAAGAUGCCCUCUCCACUGUGGGAGUCCGACCCGUUGCAGUCACCCUCAAGCUCUCUGUCAGCUCUGGACGUGGAACUGCCACCUGUUUGCUGUGACUGAGAGAUUUAAGUUUCUCAGUGCUUUAUCGUUUGUAUGUAUUAAUAGUUUGUACUAAUAAAGCAAUUCUUUA